AAAAACCUCCAUGAUUUUUAUCUUGCAGGUAAAGAAGGUUUCUCCCUGUCCAUGAUGAUCUUUCACUUCUUUCUUCACCAGGGAAAUGAAGAUUCUAUGGAGCCACCUCUUGGAUGCAGUAAGGAAACCAAUAAUAUAGGAAUUCUUGAGUUCACUUACAGAUAAGAAAGGGAAAUAGUGCCAAGUAUCUGUAUUGCAAUUCAACAACCAAAUCACUGUUGACAUGGAGGAGAAAACAUUUAAAUGCCUGGAGUGUGGAAAGAGUUUUACUCAGAGGCAUCAUCUGCAGCAACAUGAAAGGACUCACACUGGGGAGAAGCCCUAUACAUGCCUGGAGUGUGGAAAGAGCUUCACUGACAGUGGACAUCUACGAUUGCAUCAAAGGACUCACACUGGGGAGAAACCCUAUAAAUGCUUGGAGUGUGGACAGAGCUUCACUCAUAGUUCACAUCUACAUAGACAUCAAAGGACUCACACUGGGGAGAAACCCUAUAAAUGCCUGGAGUGUGGACAGAGCUUCACUCAGAAUGGAAGUCUACAUAGACAUCAAAGGAUUCACACUGGGGAAAAACCCUACAAAUGCCUGGAUUGUGGACAGAGCUUCAUUAGUAGUACACAACUACGUUCGCAUCAAAGGACUCACACUGGGGAGAAACCGUUUAAAUGCUUGGAGUGUGGACAGAACUUCACUGAGAGUGGAAGUCUACGUGAGCAUCAAAGGAUUCACACUGGGGAGAAACCCUACAAAUGCCUGGAGUGUAUUCAGAGCUUCACUCAUCGUUCAAGUCUGCGUUCACAUCAAAGGACUCACACUGGGGAAAAAAUGUUUAAAUGCUUGGAGUGUGGACAGAGCUUCUCUGAGAAUGGAAGUCUACAUAGACAUCAAAGGAUUCACACUGGGGAAAAACCCUACAAAUGCCCAGAGUGUGGACAGAGCUUCAUUCGUAGUACACAUCUACAUUCGCAUCAAAGGACUCACACUGGGGAGAAACCCUAUACAUGCCUGGAGUGUGGAAAGAGCUUCACUGGCAGUGGACAUCUACGAUUGCAUCAAAGGACUCACACUGGGGAGAAACCCUAUGCAUGCCUGGAAUGCGGAAAGAGCUUCAGUGAUAAUUCAAAUCUACAUAGACAUCAAAGAACUCACACUGGGGAGAAACCCUAUGCAUGCUUAGAGUGUGGACAAAGCUUCACUCAGAGUUCAAGUCUACGUUUGCAUGAAAGGACUCACACUGGGAAGAAACCCUACAAAUGCCUGGAGUGUGGACAGAGCUUCAUUAGUAGCACACAGCUACGUUUGCAUCAAAGGACUCACACUGGGGAGAAACCGUUUAAAUGCUUGGAGUGUGGACACAGCUUCUCUGAGAAUGGAAGUCUACGUGUGCAUCAAAGGAUUCACACUGGGGAAAAACCCUACAAAUGCGCGGAGUGUGGUCAGAGCUUCAUUCGUAGUACACAUCUACAUAGACAUCAAAGGACUCACACUGGGGAGAAACCCUAUACAUGCCUGGAGUGUGGAAAGAGCUUCACUGGCAGUGGACAUCUACGAUUGCAUCAAAGGACUCACACUGGGGAGAAACCCUAUAAAUGCUUGGAGUGUGGACAGAGCUUCACUCGUAGUUCACAUCUACAUAGACAUCAAAGGACUCACACUGGGUAGAAACCCUAUAAAUGCCUAGAGUGUGGACAGAGCUUCACGCAGAGUUCAAGUCUACAUUCGCAUCAAAGGACUCACACUGGGGAGAAACCGUUUAAGUGCUUGGAGUGUGGACACAGCUUCACUGAGAGUGGAAGUCUACGUGUGCAUCAAAAGACUCACUCUAGGGAGAAACCCAAUAAAUGCUUGGAGUGUGGACAGAGCUUCACUAACAGUGGAGGCUGUGCAUGUGGUAAGGAGAGUAGACCUGCCUAAUUUCUCUCCUAACUGCAAGCACGAUUAAAGUCUCAAAAUCCCAUAAAGGGUCAUAAAUCUCUCCCUAACUGGGGUCUAGACCAAAAGAGAGGAGUCUGGGCAGUCAUGAAUGAAUGUGACUAAAGCCAUAAAUCUCAGAAUACAAACAGAAGACUGGGCGAUAGUAAGUAUGGCUGAUAGAAAGGGGAAGAGGGAGGAGGAGGAG